CAAAGCUCACCUCUCUAUAAAUCCUUUCUCCCUAUAACACUUUAAGGCCAUUUAAGCCCACUCUCACAAAUCAGAACAAGAAGGAUAUCUUUCUUCCAAGAAUGGCUUCCACCGCUCUCUCCAGCGCCAUAGUAAACACCUCCUUCCUCCGACGCCAACAGACACCAACCAGCCUCAGGUCCCUCCCUGUGGCCAGCACACAAUCCCUCUUCUGCCUCAAAUCCUCCACAGCACGCGGCGGCCGCGUCACAUGCAUGGCUACCUACAAGGUAAAGUUCAUCACACCGGAGGGAGAGCAAGAAGUGGAGUGCGAAGACGACGUCUACGUCCUCGACGCAGCGGAGGAAGCUGGUAUCGAUCUGCCCUACUCAUGCCGUGCUGGAUCUUGCUCGAGCUGCGCCGGGAAAGUCGUCUCUGGCUCCAUUGACCAAACGGACCAGAGCUUCUUAGACGACGAACAGAUGAGCGAAGGGUAUGUCCUCACCUGUGUGGCUUACCCAACUUCUGAUGUCGUCAUUGAAACCCACAAAGAAGAAGCCAUUGUUUAAACUUAAAAUUCUAAACUUAUCUUCAAGCAUCAUCAUCGACGGAGUAUAAUAAAAUGAGAAGAAGCGUGAUAUACAAGUCAUCUUUCUCUCUUUGUUGUUACUUUGCUAAUUUGGCUUAACCUUUGUAUUAAGAUCAAUUAAUCGCAAUUUCAGUAUAAUUUAUUUUGGCUGUUUUGUAUUAUAUCAUCAUAUCCUAUGAAAAAAUAAGAGAAUUUGCUGAUGGCGUAUAAACUU